AUGAAUGUUUACGAUGAGAUUUUCGACGCGACAAAAGUAUCGCACUCCGUGCUAGGCCGAUUUACGUCCGAAAAGGUCGAUCAAUUGGUCUUGGCCAAAACAAAUGUUCUCUCGGUUUACCAGAUGCAACACGAGAAAUUGGUUCUUUGCAAUGAGUUCAAGCUAAGUGGACGCAUCACAGGAAUUGCGUUGAUCCCACAGAGUCACGGCAUUAUGCAGUGCUUGCUUGUGAGCACGGGAAGAGCCAAACUGUCGGUAGUUCGGUUCGAUCCACUAAGGCCAAUGGGCUUGGAAACUUUAGAAUUGCAUUACUACGAGGACCAAUUUUCGAAAAGGAGCUUGCUAGACCUUGCCCAAGAGUCCAAGUUGCGUGUAGAUCCCGAAAACCGAUGUAUAUUUCUAUGCAACAACGAUGUGCUGGCGAUUUUGCCGCUAAAAUCAACUCUCGAUGAGGAAGAUGACGAGGCAGAUGACAUGUACCAACCGCUCGAAAAAAAACGCAAAUUAGAAAAUGGGCCUAUUUCAAAGCCGUUGACCGGACAAAGUAUCAUAAUGCGCGUUUCUGAGCUCAAUGCAGAGAUAAAGAACGUUGUUGACAUCCAAUUCUUGAAUUCUUUCAAUAAGCCUACUGUUGCAGUGCUGUACCAGCCACGUCUGGCAUGGUGCGGAAAUGAAAAAUACGUUUCAAAGAGUUCCUUGAAGCUCAUGGCCAUAACAUUGAGCGAAAAAAAGAGCACUGCCAUUUAUCAUGUUCAGAAGCUUCCACACGACAUUCAUUCCAUUUUGCCUCUCAAUAACUCGUGUGUGCUUGUAGGGGUGAAUCAAAUAAUCAGCAUUGAUAAUACAGGCUCUCUUCAAUCCACCAUUCAAACAAACUCAUUUGCAUCAGCUCCCCAGGGCGGGAAGCGAGUUGAUAACAAGUCACUUAAUGUUAUGUUCAACGCGCCUGUUAUAUGGACCUCCGCCAUGGUGAGUAAAAACACCGAAAUACUGCUUCUGAUGGAUCAGAAUGCUGUGAUGUAUUCCAUAAAUCUCCAAACAGAAGGCAGACUGCUACUAGAUUUUACAUUGGUUAAACUGCCCAUCGUCAAUGACCUUUUCAAAUCUCACCAUUUACCAACCUGUGUCACACCCCUGACAGGUGGGCUGAAUCUCAAGUCCUGCCAACUGUUCAUCGGAUUUUCGUCUGGAGACGCUUUGGUUGUCAAGCUCAAUAACCUACUCUCUGCUUUCGAAACAAGGGAAACACGCGAAAUCGAGUUGCAGCCCGACGAAGAUGAAGACUAUGCAUCACUAUACGGUGAUGAUGAAGGACCCGUGAGGCCAACCUCAGACAGCAAACUACUAGUUGAUACAGUACAGCCAUUGGAAGUAGAGGUCAUGGAUAAGCUUAUAAAUGUCGGUCCUAUUACAAGCAUGGCAAUAGGUAAAGUUUCUUCCAUUGAAGGCACAGUCCAAGGGCUGCCAAAUCCGAAUAAAAACGAAAUGGCUAUUGUCACGACAUCGGGCGCGGGAAAUACGACGUCGCUUAGUAUAAUGGAACAGAGUGUGCGCCCAUUGGUCGAACAAGCUUUGAAAUUUACAUCAGUAACCAAGAUUUGGAAUCUUAAGAUCAGGAAAAAGGAUAAGUACCUGAUAACAACUGACUCUGGGGCUGAAAAAAGCGAGCUUUACGAAAUAGGACAGAAGAUCACAGCUAUCAAACCUAAGCAUUUUAAAAGAAAUGUUACAACUGUUGAAAUUGUUGUGAUAGGAAAUGGGAAACGCAUUGUUCAUGUCACUACGAAGGCAGUAUUUCUUUUCAACCUAGGGUUUAAGAAACUUAUGACGAUCAGUUUUGAUUUCGAGGUCGUACAUGUUUCUAUCUUGGAUCCUUUCAUAUUGCUGACGAACUCCAAAGGUGAAAUCAAGAUCUAUGAACUAGACAACAAGCACAGAAAUAAACUCACGAAAGUCAGACUUCCCGAGGCUCUUGAGGAAUUGAUCAUCACCUCGGGCGUUAUCCUCAAAAGUAAUAUAUGCAAUGAAUUUUUCCGCAACCUGAGCGAUCUUGAGAAAGAAAAAGAGCAACUGCUAUUCACCUUUGUGGCGGCGGAUAAUCAAAUCAUAUUUUUCCCCAAAGAUCAUCAUGAUCAAAUUUACCAACUGAAUGGUAUCGACAAUCUCAAUGAUAUGCUGUAUUUUAGUACAUAUCAGCUACCAGAGGAAGUUAUCCCAGAUCCAUCCAUUAAACAAGUUAUGAUCAACCGGUUGGGAAAGGACAAUAAGGAAGAAUACCUUACGAUAUUAACGUUCGGUGGUGAAAUGUACCUCUACAAAAGAAUUGGAAAAAGAUUCUACAAGGCGAUGCACUGUAACGAUAUGCAAAUAACGGGUGCUCCAGGGAACGCAUAUGCAAAGGGUGUGAGCUCUAUAGAACGGAUUGCUCACUACGUGAAGUAUUUCAACGGAUAUUCGGUCAUUUUGAUAACCGGACGCGUCCCUUACAUCAUUAUUAAAGAAGACAGCUCAACUCCAAAAAUCUUGAAGUUUGGGAACGUUCCGUUAGUGUCCUUAGCAUCUUGGGGAACGGAGUCGGUACUUUGUGUCGACGAUAUUAAAAACGCAAGGAUAGCUACACUGGACCGAACAUUUUCGUAUGGCAACCGGCUAGCGGUGAAAAGAAUUAACGUGGAAGACGCUCUCAACAGCUACGGAAGCCUGAACAACGUUGCAUUCCAUGAGCGUACAGGAAUGUACAUCGUGUCUUAUAACAGAGAGAUACCAUAUGAAGCCAUUAGCGAGGACGGUCAGAAAAUGGUCGGUUCUGACGAGGACGCUGUCCAUGCUCGCGGCUUUCAAUCAGGCUUGCUGUUGCUGAACCCUCGGACGUGGAACAUUAUCGAUGUUGUCAAUCUGGAGAAAAACUCUCUCAUCAAUGACAUGAAAACGAUGUUAAUUCAAACAAACUCGAGGACGAGACGCAAAAGAGAAUACUUGGUGGUAGGAAAUACGUUUUUGAGAGAUGAAGACUACGGGACCAUGGGAUCUUUCUACCUCUAUGAUAUCACAGAAGUAGUUCCAGAGCCCGGAAAGCCUGACACUAACUUCAAGCUGAAAGAGAUUUUUCACGAGGCCUUUCGGGGUGCAGUAUCAAGCGUUUGCGAAGUGAGUGGUAGAUUUCUCAUCAGUCAGGGCCAAAAAGUGCUGGUGCGCGAUGUCCAAGAAGACAACUCCGUGGUACCAGUAGCCUUUCUUGACGUUCCGGUGUUUGUAUCCGACAUUAAGAGCUAUGGGAAUUUGCUUAUCAUCGGUGACGCAGCACAAGAGUUUCAAUUUGUCGGCUUUGAUGCCGAACCUUAUCGCAUGAUACCUCUGGGUAAAAGCGUUUCGAGGCUUGCUACCAUGAGCCUAGAGUUUUUGGUGAACAACGGCGAUGUUUACUUCCUUGUGUCAGAUCGAAAUAACAUUUUACAUGUGUUGAAAUACGCACCGGAUGAACCGAACUCGCUAUCGGGUCAGAAGCUGGUGCAUUGCACCAGCUUCAACUUGCAUAGCACCAACACAUGUAUGAAGUUGCUGCUCAAGAACAAUGAGUUUGCGACGCAAUCCAUGGUCUCUGAAUAUCAAGUUAUUGGUGCCCAGGCCGACGGUUCAAUCAUCAAAGUUGUUCCUUUGACGGAAAGCAGCUACAGACGACUAUACGUGGUGCAGCAACACUUGGUAGAGAAAGAAUUGCAAAUCUGUGGUUUGAAUCCCAAAAUGGAGCGUUUGCAAAACGAUUUCUAUUCCCUGGGACAUGCAUUAAGACCAAUGCUGGAUUUCACCAUCAUCAAAAGCUAUUGCUCAUUGCCCAUUAACAGAAGGAAACAAGUGGCAGCGAAAGCUGGUCGUCAAGCGGACUUUGAGAUAUGGAGGGACCUUAUCAACGUGGAAUAUUCCACAAGGUCUUUAUGCUAA